AUGCUUACACCGUCUUCGAUCCAUGCUGUUGGACCAAGUCUGUUGACGAGCUGGGGUGAAGGUGGAGAUAAUACCGAGGGCCACGUGCCAAGCGUGCUCCGCUACGACAAUGGCGAAAUGAGUGGCCCAUAUGUUUGGGGAUACCGCGCCCAGAGAUAUGCCCAGCAGGGUGAACUGAUCCAUGAGUGGUUCAAGCUGGGUCUUUGCGACGACUUUGAACAACGACGAGCCCGGGAGUCGGAACUCAUACAGCUCUACGACAGCAAGAUGGCCAAGCAGCCCGUCAAGGGAAAAGACUGCGAGAAGCUUGUCAGGGACUAUCUGGCCGGCAUCAAGCAAGCCGUAGAUAAGAAGCUUGGCCCCGCUGAGCAGUUUUCAAGCGUGGAGAGGCAAUACAUCAUCACCGUUCCGGCUCUGUGGGACUAUUCCGAGCAAGAGAAGACCCGCUACUGCGCCAAAAAGGCUGGUAUGGGCAAGGGUAAUGAGAUCAUGCUGAUCCCCGAGUCCGAAGCAGCCGCAAUAUGGGCCAUUAAGAACAUGCCCAGUAUAGAAGAAGGCGAUGUGUUUGUUGUAUGCGAUGCUGGGGGUGGAACUGUUGACCUCACCUCCUUCCGGGUCAAGUUUCUGUCGCAAGACCGGCAGCAAUGCGAACUGGUCGGGGCAGGAGCGGGCUCGGGUGGGCUUUGCGGCAGCAUCUUUUUAAACCGCAUCUUUGAGAAAUACCUUGAGGAGAAGUUCCAAGACUACCGCUACUGGGACCCAGACUUCAUGAUUGACGCUUUGGGAGCUUUCGAGACGAAAAUCAAGCCCAGCUUCUCCGGUCGAGAUCGAGAACCGCAUUUAAUUCGGAUACAGGGUCUCAAGCUAAGCGAGCAGCAUGGGAUUCAGAAUAAUCUCCUUGAGCUGACAGACGAAGAACUACGCGUCAAUGUAUUUGACAUUGUCGUAAACAAAAUCCAAGUACUCGUCCGUGAUCAAAUUCGCCACACGGAAGGCAGUGUGAAGGAGGUUGUGCUUGCUGGGGGAUUCGGCCGGAACCCGUAUCUGAAGAGGAAGCUGCAACGUAUGGAAUGUGUGGUCCGUCAACGUAUCAAUGUAUCCGAGUUUGAGGACAGUGCAACAGCAAUUGUGAAGGGUGCGGUUACUGCUAGCCUGCACAGUCUGGCGGUAGCUACUCUCGCUCAGGAUGGAGCUUUCAAUUUCAUAUCGACCCGCAGCGUGGGAGUCGUCUCCAGGAAAGCUGGCCGCCACUACGGCACUUGGGGCUACGACGACUACAAGGACAGUGACCCCAUUGACAAGAGGGAGAUGCGAGACGACGGAGCCAAAGUCGCGCGGAUGAAUUGGUUUGCCAAGAUGGACGAUGAUGUUCCCAAUGGCGAGCCACAAUACUACCCUUUCGAAAAGCUCGCCAAGGUCAUCCCUGGCAAACUACCGCAUGAGGUCUGUUUUAUCCAUGUCCAAAUUUUUGUCUGCGAGAAGCGAAAUCCGCCCGAGUAUAAAAACGACUCCAAUGCAUGGAAAGUUACGGAUUUCAGUCUUGACCUCAGGGGUCUCACCAUCCCGACCAUCGCCCAUAAUAGAGGCAGGACCAGGCUCUAUCAGGCUUAUUUCGAGAUUGAGAUGAUUCUGGAGGCGACCAGCCUGACCUUUUGCGGAGUGUAUGGCAGAAAUACACCGGAUGAAAGGAGAUGUCCAGCGAAGAAGGUCAGCUUCAAGUGA